AUGAGUUCGUUCAUUUGGUUAUUGGAGUUAUUGGAGUUAUAUGUGGCCAUAUUCGGCAUAACCGUCUACACGAUAGGGGAGAAAACGGGGAAUACAACGAAGCUCACUCCGUGGCGCCUGCAGUCCUCGCUCGCGGUUUCCGAAAACGUGGCUGCGUGGUCACUGCCAGGAAAAGAUGUCUCCUCCUGGUAUGAGGUCGGCACGCGAGCGACCGUCAUGGCUGGUUUACUACAGAACGGCGUCUUCGAUGAAUCGACCUUGUUCUACUCCAACAACAUGGAAAGCAAAACCGUCGACACUGCCAUGUUCGAAGCGCCUUGGCUAUACAGACAUGAGCUUUGGAUCGAGAGCAAGAUACGCAAAGGGGAGCAUUGUUUCCUUCGCACGCAUGGUAUCACGUCCAAGGCGGAUAUAUACGUCAACGGGGUGCUGGUUGCACCGAGCUCCGUUCAGCAGGGAUCGUACGGGGGUCACACGUACGACAUCACAGAAUACCUUCGGGUUGAAUCAAACGCACUGCUUAUUCAGGCGUAUCCGACAAACUAUCUGCGGGAUUUCGCGCAGGGAUUUGUGGAUUGGAACCCGUAUCCACCGGAUAAUGGCACGGGGUUAUGGCGGGAUGUCAUGAUCACAAAGACGGGACCUGUGUCAAUCUCGUCGCCGCGUGUACUGACCAACUUCAGAAAGCCUGAUGGAAAGCCGGUCACGGUGAAUGUUAUCGUGGACAUAACGAACCAUGAGAAUGAGACUGUCGAUGGUACUGUACAGGGAAGCAUUCAGUCCGACACUGAGAUCUUUGCGCUUUCCGAGCGAUUCUCUAUCCAACCACAUGAAACAAAGACCAUACCUAUGAAUGUCAAGAUCGAAAACCCCAAGGUGUGGUGGCCGGCGCAAUGGGGUUCCCAGCCCUUGUACACAGUCAAUGUCAAUGCGACAGUCGGCAAGGGGAAAAUCUCGGAUGUUGCUCUUGAAAGGCGAUUUGGCAUUCGCCAGGUAGACUCGUAUGUUAACUCCCAUAAUGAUACGGCAUUUACAGUGAACGGAUCGCCAUUCCUGGUUCUCGGUGGAGGGUACUCGCCUGAUUUGUUUCUUCGAUUUGAUGUCAAUCGUGUGCGGAAGAUCUUCCAGUAUAUGCUUGACAUGGGACUGAACACCGUCCGACUGGAGGGCAAGCAGGAGCAUCCACAAUUAUAUGAUUUGGCCGAUGAAAUGGGACUGAUGGUCAUGGCUGGAUGGGAAUGCUGCGACAAAUGGGAGGGAUGGGAGUAUAAUAAUGACGCCAGCGGACAAAAAUGGACCGAGGAGGACUACCCCAUUGCCAAUGCAUCCAUGCUCCAUGAAGCAGCGAUGAUGCAGAUUCAUCCGUCUAUGCUAGCCUUUCUGAUCGGAUCGGAUUUCUGGCCCAACGACCGCGCAACCAAGAUCUAUCUCGAUGCAUUGCAUCGCCUGGAUUGGCCGGUGCCAAUCAUUGCAUCCGCCAGCAAACGGGGAUACCCAAAAGUUCUCGGCCCGUCAGGUAUGAAGAUGGAGGGCCCGUACGACUGGGUACCACCAAAUUACUUCUAUGGUGACCAGCUGGGUGCUGCGUUUGGAUUCGGGUCUGAAGAGGGUGCUGGUGUUGGAACCCCCGAGCUGACCAGUCUGAAGAAGUUCUUGUCGCCAGAGGAUCUAGAUUCCUUGUGGAAGAAUCCCGAUCAGAACCAGUAUCAUAUGUCGCGGUAUGACUCGUCUUUCUAUAAUCGCUCUCUUUAUAACAAAGCUCUCUUUGCGCGGUACGGUUCCCCUGUCAGCUUAGAGGAUUAUCUCCUCAAGGUGCAGAUGAUGGACUACGAGGCCACGCGUGCACAAUUCGAAGCGUUCUCCGUGCGCCAGAAUGCCACUCAUCCGGCCACUGGGGUGAUAUACUGGAUGUUGAACAGCGCAUGGCCGGCUCUGCACUGGCAGCUGUUCGACUUCUAUCUGAGUCCUGCCGGGGCAUAUUUCGGGACAAAGGUCGGUGCCAGAAUGGAACAUGUGGCAUAUGACUAUGAGGAGCGUGCAGUUUACCUGAUCAAUCAUUCUCUUGAGAGAGAAGGGUCUCGCGUCGUCUCGGUUGACCUUGUGGAUCUGCAGGGCAACUCAAUCUUCAACGAGGAGGUCACAGUUAAUACUACAGCAAAAGCCUCCAAGAAGGUUAUCCCAGUCAAAGCACUUGAUCGGAUCAAGGAUGUCGCAUUUCUCCGUCUGGCGCUCAAAGAUCCCAAUACAGGAACCAUCCUCAGCCGCAAUGUAUACUGGUUGUCCGCCCAGAACGACAUCCUGGACUGGGAGAAUUCGAACUGGUACUAUACUCCUGUAACAAAGUAUGCCGACUACAAGGCACUCAUAUCGAUGCCCACUGUCACCGUGACUGCAUCGCUGAAGCCAUUGGCUGCCAGGGAUGGACUUGCCCAGGUGCAGGUUGUGUUGAACAAUCCUUCAGCGAUGCCUGCCUUUUUCAUGCACCUGUCCAUCAUCAACAAGGAGACGCAGGAGGAGAUUACUCCGGUGCUUUGGUCGGAUAAUUAUGUGACUGUCUUCAAGGGGGAAAGUGUGACCCUGACAGCAGCAUUUUCGGGGGAUUGGAGUGACUGUGAGGUUAUCCUGUCGGGUGUGAAUGUGAAGAGAAAUAUCUUGUCGUAA